AUGAGGCCAGGCUCAAUCGCCUCACGUGACCGGAUGCCAAUCCACCACCGCCGCCACCGUUUCAAGGACAUGUUUGAAGGCGGAGCUGCCUCCACCUCCACCUCCACCGCCCCUCCCACGGGGUCAUCAUCAUCGUCGUCAUCACCAACUGAUCUCUUCGGCGGGGACCACAACACCAUGCCAUUUCAUUUAUGUCAGAAUGAAAACCCCAACGUGCCCUUGCUGCAUGGUUUGUUCCCUGGGGGUGGCGCCACGUCAGCAGCACCCACUUUCCCGCCGCCACCUCAGCAGCAGAUCAACUUCCCGAUCGUGGAUCUCAACCUUUCUCCUCCGCAGGCGGCUGCGGCUUCACAGCAGCAGCAGCAACAGCAGCCGGACGUCGUCUUCCCAUACCUGGACAUCAACGUUGCACCACCGGCUGCGGACGAGGAGAUGAUGAUGGACAUUGACAACAUGGUGGUGGCGCCGCCAGAGGAGGUGAAGGCUAAGCCGGUUUCAGAGGAGCCCGCAGUCGGAGGGAUGAACAGUGGGACUGUUUCCUUUGACUGGGCUGACCUUAACGCGCUCCCGGCAGUGGAUGAUUCCUCUCUCUGGGAACAGGCAAGGGCUGGAACCUCCUUUCAGAGGAUGAAUGAACCGGGUCUUUUUGAUGAUGAGGAGAAUUAUCCUUGGUAA